GUGGUGGGCGUGUCUGCAGUAACAGGAAGCGGGUUGGACGAGCUGUUUGUUCAGGUGGAGGAGGCCGCAGACGAGUACGAGAGGGACUACCGACCUGAAUAUGAGAGACUCCGCAAACAGCUGGCGGAGGCUCAGAGCCAGAAGCAGCAGCAGCAGCUGGAGCGGCUGAGGAAGGACCUGGGAGCCGUCCACAUGACGAACACGCCUCCUACAGAGGACGUGGACAUCGCCGGACCCAGUGACCUCAUCAUGAACCGCGGUAACCCUGACGAGGAGGAGGAAGAGGAGGACAGCGACACAGACGACAUCGACCACAGCGCCACGGAGGAGAGCAAAGAGGCCGACGCCUUCGGAAACUUCCUGACCGAGAGGAAGGAAGUGGUUCAGGUCCGAAACAAAAAGUGUGCGAUGCCUGAGGGACUCUGACCUCUGACCUCUGACCUCUGACUGUGCCUGUAAGAAAAGAACGACACAAUGACGGCGAGGGAAAUGAGGAACCUCCUGAAGGUUCAGACUAUCACCUGGACCAGAUACCGUUCAGCAGAUUCUCCCUCAGAUCUGAACUCUUUGGGCGGAACUUCCUGUCUGACGGGCUGACCUCUGACCCCGUGACCUCGCUCGGCUUCGCUCCUUCCCUAAAAAGAAAAAGUUCUAUUUUUAUAUCAGAAAAGACUCUAAUGUUCUGCUUUUGUUGUGUUUUUCUUUACGGUUGACUUUUAUUUGUGUAAGCACUGAAAGGAUUUCUGACCUUCAAAAUAAAAGUGAGCUCUUAGUUCAGAGUUGGUUUUAA